CUACGCCUCUUACGUCCGGACGCUUGGUCUCCUUCAGAGGUGCCGUAAUCGCCGCCCAGAAGGAGCGAGGGCGGCUGUGCGCGGAGCUGCUAUGUUGCUGAGCUCCCCGGCAGAGCCGACCGAGACGCGCCGGUUGCGGCCAUGAAGGCGGGUGCCACUUCUAUGUGGGCUUCAUGCUGUGGGCUGCUGAAUGAAGUCAUGGGAACCGGAGCUGUCAGGGGCCAGCAGUCAGGAUUUGCAGGAGGCACCAGUCCAUUCAGAUUUACAACAAACUCUGAUUUUUCCACUUACCCACCAGUACCUACAGAAGGGCCUAAUAUAGUCUGCAAAGCCUGUGGACUUUCAUUUUCAGUGUUUAGAAAGAAGCAUGUAUGUUGUGACUGCAAGAAGGAUUUUUGCUCUGUUUGUUCAGUCUUACAAGAAAACCUCCGAAGAUGUUCUACUUGUCAAUUAUUACAAGAGACAGCCUUUCAGCGCCCUCAGUUAAUGCGACUGAAGGUGAAGGAUCUACGGCAGUAUCUCAUUCUUAGAAACAUACCUACUGAUACCUGUCGAGAGAAGGAAGACUUGGUUGAUCUAGUACUUUGCCAUCAUGGGCUAGGCUCUGAUGAUAACCUGGACACAAGCAGUCUGAAUUCCUCAAGGUCCCAGACUUCUAACUUUUCUACACAUUCCUUUUUUUCAAACUAUACAGCCCCCUCUGCUACCCUGUCUUCGUUUCAGGGAGAUUUUAUGGGUGGUGACCGGACCUUAGGAUCUGGAGCACUGGCACAGGAGCAAAGUGAUAGAGCCUCAGCAAACACAGAUGAUGAGGAGGAGGAGGAGGAGGAUGACGAUGACGAUGGAGAAGAACACUUGGAGGCGCGGACACCUGGCCUCUCUAAGAGAGUGAGAGCUUCACUGUCUGACCUGUCCAGCCUUGACGAUGUGGAAGGGAUGAGUGUGCGCCAACUGAAGGAAAUCCUGGCUAGGAAUUUUGUCAACUAUUCUGGUUGUUGUGAAAAAUGGGAGCUCGUAGAGAGAGUAAACCGGUUAUACAAAGAGAAUGAAGAAAACCAGAAGUCAUAUGGUGAGCGGCUGCAGCUGCAGGAUGAGGAAGAUGACAGCCUGUGCCGUAUCUGCAUGGACGCCGUCAUUGACUGUGUCCUGCUCGAGUGUGGGCACAUGGUCACCUGUACCAAGUGUGGCAAGCGCAUGAGUGAGUGUCCCAUCUGCCGGCAGUAUGUGGUACGUGCUGUGCAUGUGUUCAAGUCCUGAAACUGAGGCUCUCCCUGACAAGACACUUGCCCCCAGGACUGGAAACUGACUGUUCCAAGGCUUAAACUAUUAUUAAAGUAAUCUUCACUUCUAACCGGAGACAGAGUCACCCUUAGUUGCGGCAACAUUGGUCCUGUCAGCCUGUGGACAAUGCUGUUUCCGAGUUUCUGUCAGGCUUCUUCACACAUCCAAGAUCACUAAUUGCUGAAGUCAGACUGCUUACAGUAUCAGCUACUGCUCUCUUUGGAGAAUGUUUAUUCUGUUCUCUUAUUUCUCCUCCAUCCUAUUUUUAACUUAAACUACUCAGAUGUUUGAAACUUCUGUUCUCUUUGGAUGAGAUCACUGUCCACAAGUGAAUGUCCACUUCAUUAGUCAUGUAUAUUUUAAAUGCUACUAUUUGAUGAAUGUAAGUUUCCACACUGUUGCUAUUUCUGCAUUAAACAAAUUUGGAAACAAC